AUGACGAGACAUGAAAAUGUGGAGCACGGUGUCGUAUUGAAGUGGAUGCGUGGCGGUAAUCUGAAGGUAUUGUUUAGUUUGCUCCUUAACAUCGUCAGCAGCGUAGGAGUAAUUAUUGUAAACAAGCGCCUGGUAUAUAAUGAAGCCGGGUUUCAUUUCGUAACACUUUUAACAGUGAUGCACUUCAUUGCGUCAUUCUUUGGUUGUCUAAUGCUGUCACUGUUUGGGUUCUUUGAGAUAAAAAGACUUCACAUUGCUCAGGUGCUUACCAUAAGUGCAGCAUUUUGCGGGUAUGUGGUGUUCAACAACUUCUCACUUUUGGCCAACACUGUGAGCGUCUACCAAACAUCGAAGAUCCUCUGUACACCCCUUAUUGUGCUGAUUGAGUAUGCAGCAUACAAUAAACAGGAAACAAAGGAAACACUUUUGGCCAUCUUCAUCACAUGUUUGGGUUCGGGUAUUACGGUGUGUGCGGACACGCGACUGACCGUUGAGGGAACAAUAUGGGCCUUAUUAGCUAUUCUGGCCAAUUCCUUAUACACUAUUUGGGGAAAUACAAAGCAGAAGGAUCUCGGCGUGAAUGCAGCACAACUUUUGAUUUACCAAGCACCUGUAAGUUCCCUCAUGUUGUUGUUUGCGGUUCCCAUUGAUGGUUUGACGGAACUGCGCAGCUAUGAGGUAACCCCUACAAGCGUAUGGACAAUUGCACUGUCGUGUAUCCUUGCUUUUGGCGUAAAUCUUUCUUUUUUCUUGUUAGUGGGUCAAACAUCUCCGCUAACCACAAAUAUUGUCGGUUAUUUAAAGACGGUUUUGGUUUUCAUAGGUGGAUUUGUGUUUAUUUCUUCGGAGGCGGAUACCAAGACACUCCUUGGAGUAACUGUUACACUUGUGGGACUCGGUUGUUACACUGCGACUAAAGUGCGCGCUCUUUCUUCUCCUUCUUCAGCGAAGGAAUCAAGAUUGACAUAA